CAGCAGCCAGCACGCUAGUAGCGCAGCUGGUACCACGUGGGAGUGGGUUGUUUUUUAUUCGCUCCGCCACUAACUUCAUUAAUUUUUCACCCCAGUUUUCGCCGUACACCUGCCGGCUACAAUGGCCAGCCUGGCACUCAGGUAUUCCAGGCUAUUCGGUCAAUUGGGACGCGCUACUUAUGGCGUUCAGGCUAACUCCGCAUUUUCGACCGCAGUAGCAUCCGCUCAGUAUAGUCAAGCGCCAGUUUCGAAACCUAAGGGGCGGACGAACUGCACUUUAAUACCUGGGGAUGGUGUCGGACCGGAAUUGAUUGAUUCGGUCAUUGAAGUCUUCAAGGCUGCGGGAGUUCCCAUCGAUUUUGAAAGAUAUUUUUUGAGCGAGGUGCACCCUGAGCUCUCAGCACCUUUGGAAGAGGUGGCCACUUCGAUCGCCAAGAAUGGAAUUUGCUUAAAGGGCAUCCUGACCACGCCUGACUACAGCCGCACUGGAGAGUUGCAGACUUUAAAUAUGAAACUGAGAAAGAGGUUGGAUCUCUACGCACACGUUGUCCACGUCAAGUCCUUGCCAGGGAGCAGCAGACAUCAGAAUGUGGACACUGUAAUAAUAAGAGAACAAACUGAGGGAGAGUACUCGGCGCUUGAGCACACAACUGUAAAGGGAGUGGUCGAGUGUCUUAAGGUCGUAACCCGUAAAAACAGUGAGCGCAUCGCCAAGUUCGCUUUCGAUUACGCAACCAAGUACAACCGAAAGAAAGUGACAGCUGUGCACAAGGCUAACAUCAUGAAGCUCGGAGACGGUCUCUUCUUGAAGAGCUGCGAAGCGGUCGCCAAGUUGUAUCCGAAGAUCAAGUUUGAGUCAAUGAUCGUGGACAACUGCACCAUGCAGUUCGUUUCGAACCCUCGGCAAUUCGACGUGUGCGUCAUGCCAAACCUGUACGGCAACAUCAUCACGAAUUUGGCGGCUGGACUGGUGGGCGGCGCGGGACUCGUCGCCGGCGCCAGUUUCAGUCACAAAUGCGUGCUCUUCGAACAGGGCGCGAGGCACACCUACGGAGAGGCCGUGGGCAAGAACGUGGCUAACCCGACGGCGAUGCUGCUCACGUCUGCCAAUCUGCUGAAUCAUGUGAAUCUUCAGUAUUACGGUGAUAUGGUGAGGAAUGCUGUGGAGAUGGUUCUUAAGGCAGGCAAAGUGCGCACCAAGGACCUCGGAGGCCAGGCCACAACCAAACAAUUCACGAUGGCCGUCAUCCGCAGCAUGGAACGCUACUAGCCGGCCUGGCGCUGCCGCAGGGUCGUCACUUCUUCUGCAACAGAGUUUGAGGAUCUCGUGGAAUCCUCUGAGAGAUUGUGCUUAGAACUUAGCUUCACAUUCCGGAAUUGUCAUUCCAUUUCUAAAUAAAUAUUGUUGAGAUUAAAAA